UUGCGUAAAUGCUGCUGCUGAGUGCUGGUUGACAGUCUCAGGCGACAAGAGGGGAAACAAGGCAGAGUGUUUUUUUUUUUCUUCCUCCGUCCUCUUUACUAAAGGCGUAUCACUGAUGGAUGCCACCACGAAGCAGAAAGCGUUUGAGCGCUCAUAAGGACGCUGCCACUUGUACUUUUCAGAAGAAAGCCUGAUCAUCGGUGGGAUGAAGAAUUGAAGUCUUAAACAGAGCUUGUGCCAAUAUGUCUAAACCAAUGGAUCACGUAAAACGCCCGAUGAAUGCUUUCAUGGUUUGGUCCAGAGCCCAGCGCAGAAAAAUGGCUCAGGAGAAUCCGAAAAUGCACAACUCCGAGAUCAGCAAGAGGCUGGGAGCGGAGUGGAAACUUCUCACCGAGUCUGAGAAGAGGCCAUUCAUCGACGAAGCCAAACGACUGCGAGCGAUGCACAUGAAGGAACACCCAGACUAUAAAUACAGACCGAGGCGGAAGCCCAAGACUCUGAUGAAGAAAGAUAAGUUUUCUUUCCCGGUGCCCUACAAUCUCGGGGAGCACGACGCACUCAAAGUUAACGGGCUUUCCGCUGGAGCACUUUCCGAGUCUGUCAUUGGGAACCCUGAUAAGGCGGCGGCGGCUGCAGCGGCCGCAGCGGCGAGGGUUUUCUUCAACCCGUCCAUGUCCACGAACCCCUAUUCAUUUUUCGACCUGGGAUCCAAGAUGACUGAGCUUUCCCCGCCUUCGUUUCCGUACGCGUCUCCUUUGGGCUACCCGCCGGGAGGCACUACGGCUUUCACCGGGACUGGCAGUGUAGGUGGCGGGACGCACACCCACACUCACUCUCAUCCGUCCCCGGGAAACCCAGGCUACAUGAUCCCGUGUAACUGUACGGCCUGGCCCUCAGCAGGACUCCAGCCGCCCUUAGCAUACAUCCUGCUCCCCGGGAUGGGAAAACCUCAACUUGAACCGUACCCUGCGUAUGCUGCGGCGUUAUGAUAGGCCCACGUUGGACUUCUAUAUGAAAAUGAAAUGUGAAAUCAAAAACAAAACCAAGACACGACAAAAAGAAAAAAGAAAGAAAGAAAAAAAAAAAAAAGAGAAGCUAUUCAUGCAAGAGUUUUAUUAUGCAUGCACAAACUUGUACAUGUGAUGAAGUGCUCGUCGUCUCAGAUAUCACAUGUGUAUGUAUAUUGAUUAAUGCCUUUAUCUAAGGUAAUGCUUAUUUAGAGAACUCUCUAAUCUAUUAUUACGCAGCCAUCACCUCACGCAGCGCAGAGGAGGAAGGACUAAAGGAUGGCACACAUGCACAGAAUGGGCGUCAGUGCAGUUUGCCCUUGUGAAAACUCUUUUUUUUUUCUUUUUUUUUUUUUUGAAAGGUACCCUGAUCGAUUUCUAUCUUCUUUUUUUUUUUGCACCUGCUUGACUAAAACCUGUUGGAAUCAAAGGCAAGCGCAUACAAUGACCAUGCUAAUCAGGAUCACAGCAUUUUCUCACAGAGAAGUUGUUGCAAGGGGUCAUAACACACGGAUCAAGGAGGAUUGUCACAACACUGUAAAUGUGUACAGAUAAAAAAAUGACUUUAGUUAAUUUGCCGUUAUAGGCUUAGUGUUUGAGAUAGGGCCAGGAACCUACGUAUUUCACUAGAAACCCCCCCACCGCUGUAUAUUUUGAGUUUUUAAACCGUUUUAUAGAUGUCUGUAAUAUUUAUUGUUUAGUGGAAUCUAUGGUGACCCAGACAAUUUUAAAAAGGACAAGACUAGUUCUGUGAUAUUUGCACAUGAAACGUAGAGGAUGUAAUUUAUUUUCAAGGUGACACUCAAUUUCAAUGCAUCACAACUUUCGGGUUUGAUUCACCAAACCGGUUUUUUUUCUUGUUUUUUUUCUCUCUCUCCCUAUUUCAGUUUUUUUUUUUAAGUUCAAAUUUGAAUGCAGAUGGAAGUUUAUUCAGUGGGUUUAUCAUUUUCUUGAUCCCUCCCCACUCCUCGUAUCAUGUGCAGCAGAAGAAAAAAAAAGACGUUUUUAACUAACUCUUAUGGAAUUUGUAUGUUUUGUGUUUUCUUUAACCUCCGUUAUGUACUUCAAACUAUUGCUACUGUUCACUUGUUGAGCAAAAGGACUACAAUAAAGCGUAUUCGGAUUAAACGGAAGGGAA